ACAAAAAAGACCUCCCCCCUUUCAUUGGUUGCAAAGUGGAAGCGCGUGGUUGCAGCGAAAUUUUUCGAGAUUUUCUGCACCCUGCCCCGAAGCGAGCGAAAGCUGGAGCGUCCAGGAAGUGGUCGAAACCGCUGCCCGCGUGUCCCUUAGGCGCAGUGUUACGUUCUCUAGGUUUUUUGGCCGAUUAGUUUUCCUCGGUUUUAUUCCUUUUUUGCGUUAGUGCCCUCCUCCCGUCCGCGAAAAACGUACCACGUCGGCGGGUCUUGCUUGAUCGGUCUCGCACGUUCGGCCAAUGUGUAUGUGUGUGUGCCGCGUUUCGCAGUGGGGCUGACUGGUGUGUUGGAGAACACCCGACCGUAAGGAAGAAAGACACCGAACGUGUGUGCGCCUGCUCUCCGGUAUCCUGCCGUCGCGGGUUUUCUACGGUGUUUCCGUUUGCUUCCGUUUCCGAGUUUCGGUUCCGCCGUAGAGAGUGUGCUCUCCUCCCUCUCUCUCUCUUACUCACACACCCUGCUCGACUGUUCGUCUGUCGCGCUUCGAGAGCGCUCAGGUUACGUUGCACACGCACCACCGUUUCGCGCGCGCCAGUGUAUGUGUGCGGAGCUAUAAGUGCGUACGUGCGUGUGUGUGUGUGUGUGUGGGUAAAGUGAAAUUCCGGUGCAAGACAAGCACCUUCACAUCCCGCAUCCCACCGCCGCCGCCCAAGAAAGGCAACGCAAAGUGCACUUUCAUCACAGGGAAACCUGCUCUCCCUCGCCUCCCUCCCCCCGUCCGGCGCGGCUUAACCCGGCUAAAGCACUGUGUUACGUGUGAGACUCGACCGUGCGUGCGUGUACACGAGUGGAAGUGAGUGGCAGUGAAUAUAUAGAAGUGAGUGAGCGGUUGGCAAAAAUGGCACAGGAUAGCGAUAGCAACGAGGUGGCGAAGAAGCUGAGCACGCUGAACGUGAACGCGAUGGAGUUCGUGCCGGGCAAAUUCUCGCCCGCACCGGCAGCGGUGCAGACGGCGGCGGCGGCGACUGCCGCCCCAUCCGGCACAUCGCCGGCGGGCUCGCCGACGGCCCCGGCCGCGGCCACCGCACUGCCGGCGACCGCAUCGUCCGCCACGUCGAGCGCCGGAAGCAGCAGCGGCGGAGGCGGCGGAGGCGGCGGCAGUGGCGGUGGUGGCGGUGCCACCACUCCGACGUCCACCGCUGCCACACCGACGCCGCCAUCUUCGUCAGCCCCGACACCGAUGGAAAGGGACGCCGAUCCGGUCCAGAUGCCAGAAAACAAUGAAAGUGAACCGCUGGACAGCUGGGACGCGGAGGAGGACUCGAUCCUGACGCCGGAAGAUGAGGAAAUGGAAUUGGACGAUGUCGAGGCGGACGGCGAGACGGCACCGAAGGUGUCGAAAAAGAAGCCCCCGAAGGUGGAGGAAAGCCGAAGCAAAAAGGAACAUGUGAACGUGGUGUUCAUCGGUCAUGUCGAUGCGGGUAAAUCUACGAUCGGCGGACAGAUCAUGUCACUCACCGGCAUGGUGGACAAACGAACGCUCGAAAAGUACGAACGGGAGGCGCGCGAAAAGUCGCGAGAAAGCUGGUACUUAUCGUGGGCGCUCGACACGAAUCAGGAAGAACGUGACAAGGGAAAGACGGUGGAAGUUGGUCGUGCCUAUUUUGAGACUGAGAAGAAACAUUUCACCAUCCUCGAUGCACCCGGGCACAAGAGCUUCGUGCCGAACAUGAUUGGCGGUGCGGCCCAGGCCGACCUGGCCGUGCUGGUCAUCUCGGCGCGCAAGGGCGAGUUCGAGACCGGGUUCGAUCGGGGCGGGCAGACGCGGGAGCACGCGAUGCUGGCGAAGACGGCCGGCGUCAAGCAUCUGGUCGUGCUGGUGAACAAGAUGGACGACCCGACGGUCAACUGGGACCUUGAGCGCUACAGCGAAUGCAAAGACAAAAUCUUACCAUACCUCAAGAAACUAGGAUUUAAUCCACUGAAGGAUCUUACGUUCAUGCCGGUUUCGGGCAUUACCGGACAGGGACUGCGGGAGCCAAUCGAUGCGUCCACGUGCCCGUGGUACCAGGGGCCGGCCUUUAUUCCGUUCAUUGACGAGCUGCCGUCGCUCAACCGCAAAACGGACGGCCCGUUCAUCAUGCCAAUCGUCGACAAGUACAAGGACAUGGGCACGGUGCUGAUGGGCAAGGUGGAAUCGGGCGUGGCAAAGAAGGGCACGAACUUGCUAGUGAUGCCUAAUAGAACGCAAGUGUGCGUCGAUCAGCUGUGGUCGGACGACGAGGAGGUAACGUCGGUGGGGCCAGGCGAAAAUGUGAAAAUCAAAGUAAAGGGCAUAGAAGAGGAGGACGUCUCGCCCGGAUUUGUCCUGUGCGACGCUUCCAAUCCGAUCAAGACGGGCAAGAUUUUCGACGCACAGGUGGUCAUCCUAGAACACAAGUCAAUCAUUUGUGCAGGAUACUCGGCCGUGAUGCAUAUACACUGUGCCGCUGAGGAAAUUACUGUUAAGGCUCUUAUUUGUUUAGUUGAUAAGAAGACGGGGGAAAAAUCCAAGACAAGGCCGCGCUUCGUAAAGCAGGAUCAGGUCGCCAUUAUGAGGAUUGAAUGCUCCGGAUUGAUAUGCUUAGAGCAGUUUAAACUAUUCCCCCAGAUGGGUCGCUUCACGCUUCGAGAUGAAAAUAAAACUAUCGCUAUCGGAAAGGUGCUGAAGGUUGUGGAGUAAAAUGUGACCAAGCUCCCCCUCUAAUGCAACCCGACGACUCACGAACAUCUCGUUUGAUUGGGCAGCGAAGAAGAAGAAGAAGAGAGAAGAAGCAAAGAAACAGUGUCCUUUAAUCAUCCAAACAUACCGCGACCGUACACACAAAUACACCACGCAUACACUCACGACACACACAUACACACGCGCGCGUACACACAUACAUACACAACCACACACUGUUACAGCCAUUGCAGUCACACGCCAACCACAACGCGCCACCACUUUCCGCUCGUUGUUGCGCUACGCACCGUUCAAACGCAUAUUGAAGCAAACCCGUUUAACCUACGACCGCCCUUAACCAAAAUGCCGUUUCGCGGACAAUCUUGUUCGAGGUUCUUAUUGUUAAUCUGUCGCUUUCUCUUCCCCCUUUUCUCCUGUUGGCGGUAUGCGUGUGUGUGUAUGUUCGGCUCCUACUUCUUCUUACGCAUUCUCAAAAUCUCUCUUACCUCUCGUUGUUGCCACGAACCCCGCCGCUUUGGGUUGGAGAUGGGUGGAAUUGAACUCCCCGAAACUAGACUGUACCAAUACGAUUCUGCCAUUACUAGGAAGAGGAAGCGAGAAAAAGAGAGUAGAAGAGGAGGAGUGUGCGUAGAAGAGACCGCAAGCUUCAACUAAACCCCGUAUUAUAGCUAUAUUUGCGCAAAGUAAAGUAAAAACAAACAAAAACACGCAUAUACACUUACAGACAAAAAUCGAACCAAUCGCAAUCGAAUAUACACACACAAGAAAAGAGAAACAAAGCAGUAGAGCAUAAACAAAACAAAGUGAACAAGCCAGCGAAUUAGCCUCUGUCCAGCAGCAUUAGCAGACGACGCGUACCACAGCUCCCCUUUUAGGAGGGAACCGCAAACCCAUGUGUACAGGCAUUUUUUACACCCAACAUCCCCACCCCUCCCCCUCGUCAGCUUCCUUCCAAAUAGGGCAACUCCAACGGACUGAUGAGCACACGCUAUAUUGGUGGAUAUACAAAUGCUGGAUAGGAACAAAAAAAAAAACAGGAAAGGAUGGCACCCAGCCAGCCAGUUUGAUAUGCAAUUCGCAGCCGCAAUCACGCAAAAGCAAGUGUCCUGCAGGUUCGAAUGAACAUACCAGAAACCUAAUAACGUAAUGCGCAGCAAUCGCUUCUAAUGGCGAGCAACAAAACUCUCAGUAGCAAGUAAAUGAUGAGAAAACAAAACAAGAACACCACAAUUGCAAAUCGAAACCUUCAUUCAAUGCCAGUUGCCGGGCUGUGUACUGAGGUAAACCUUAUAAGGCUACAACACUACUAAUCAACCAAUACAAAAUCAGACGGCAAACAUAAACAUGGUGCCCAGCGUGUGCGCGCGCCACGUGGACUGAAUGUAGCGCGACACGCGUGUAGCGUAACGAAAGUGUAUGAGUGUGUGCGUGCGUGUGUGUGUGGGGGGCGCAUGUAGGAAGAGCGAGACGGGACGAGAGCUUCCCUCUCGUACGUGGUUGCCAGGCAGGAAGAGGAGUCGGUAGAAGAGUAUCACCACGCAGCAGCUAAUACGCAUCAGGAACAAUAAUAUUAAACUUGAUAAUGUAACACUGUAACCGGGACAAGAGGAGUGCACUGUAUGUACGUGUGUACACGCGCGCGUGCGUGUGUGUGUGUGUGUGUGGAAUGUACGUGCAGUUAUGGAUAAAUAUGUCCAGCCACAUAUAGAGUACUGCUGAACCGGAACAGACAGAGGCAGAGAGAACGAGCUAGAAUGAUGGAAGGGUACGAUAUUUCGAAGCAAUCACCGGAACCGGAAUCGGUUGAAGAAUAAACGGCAGCAAGAAACAGUUAAGCAGCCGCAAAAAAAAAGAAAACAAAUAUGUGCAGAGUGAUACAAGAAAAAGGACAUUUAUUAAUGUAAACGGGAUGGAGAGAAAUACAGAGAGAGAGCGAAACAAAGCGCGCGUUAUACACAAUAAGAGCAUUUCCCUUCUAAACACCCCGCGCCGCCAGCUGAAGAGAACUUUUAAAGUCGCCGCCUGUUAAAUGAAGUUUUUGAUUGUUUGUUUUUUCUUCCUUUUUACUUUUGAAUAAUUUUCCCCCAUCGUGUCCCCAACGCAAAGGAAACACACGCGAAGCAAAGCAACGCAAAUCAAGAGCAAAAGAGAGAGAGAGAGAGAGAGAGAUAGAGUGGGGAAGAUUAUAGGUGAAGCUGCAGUAGUAGUAGCAGUAGCAGCGAGAUUUACAUUGUAAGCAAUUGGCUAGUGGGCAGGAAGAGCUAUAUAGCCAAAAAAAGAGAGGAAGGGAAACAGAGAAACCGCAAAAGUACAGAAAAGAACGCACUAACACACUUGCAAAACACACAUACACACACGGAUAGCGCUCGGAAGAAGGGCGACGAUGAUAUAUACACUACCGUAUGGAAUAUUGUUACUUUACGAUUGUUUUUUGAAGCUCGAUCGAUCAUUAUUGUAUUAAUCGAAAGCAAGGUUUCUUCUAUUCGUUUGUUUUUUUUUUUAACUCGGAAUGAUGCAUUUCUUACAUUUGUUGCUCAUUUCAUUUGCGUUGGUUCAACCCUAACGGCUAAGCUAAGUGAUUAACGGUUUUGCAUUCAACGCGAAGACAGUGUGUGUUGUUAGUAGGAUAUUCGAAUGAUGUCGACGAAAUAAUUGAUUUUGAUUUGUUUUUUUCUUUUUGGAAUAAGCCCUAUCUUUUCCUCCAA